GGUCCAGUCCCAGAGAGACGGGUUUAGAGAGGAUCCAAGCAAGAGAACGGCUAACGUCGGUAUUUAACCGAAUCGACGAAGCCGACGUCCGUUGAAUUAAAAUAAUUAAAACCGAUUCAAAAUAACAGCGUUGAUACCUUAUGUUUACGUCUUGGUUAUCCAAUUAAACCAUGUCAACCCCAGCAAGACGGCGUCUGAUGAGAGAUUUUAAACGUCUCCAGGAGGAUCCACCAGCAGGAGUUAGCGGAGCCCCGUCGGAAAACAACAUCAUGGUCUGGAACGCUGUUAUUUUUGGCCCUGAAGGAACACCCUUUGAAGAUGGAACUUUCAAACUCACAAUAGAAUUUACAGAAGAAUAUCCAAACAAACCUCCCACAGUCCGGUUUGUCUCCAAAAUGUUUCACCCUAAUGUUUAUGCAGAUGGUAGUAUAUGUUUGGACAUUCUUCAGAAUCGCUGGAGUCCAACAUAUGAUGUUUCCUCAAUUUUAACCUCAAUACAGUCUUUACUGGAUGAGCCCAACCCAAACAGCCCUGCCAACAGCCAGGCAGCUCAGCUGUAUCAGGAAAACAAGAGAGAGUAUGAGAAGCGUGUGUCGGCAAUUGUGGAACAGAGCUGGCGUGACUGUUGACCAUCCGUACAGUUCACAUAUGAACAAUAGUCUGCCUCGCCAACAAGAGGAAAACCACCUUGCAAAGAAUAAAAUACAACACAUCGUGUAUUCAAUCAUUCUCUACGUACUCAGUAGAAUUGUCUGUUCUGUAGCUGUUGCAGGAUUAGAGUGAUGUUGUGUUGUGGUCUCCCUCUUCAUGCAGAACCUUAUCCUGGAUGAGGAUAAAGGUUUUACAAAUAUUGUUGCUAGGGUUACUUCCUUUUAUUUGGCCUGCCCUCAUUUUUGUCAUCUUAUUUCUUUGGUUUUAUGAGUUGCUCCUACACUGUAGGCUUAUUUCAUUUGGGGUAUUAACAUGUUUGGUUACUGUUUUCAGUAUGAAUGCAAGUUUGAGUAUCCUUGGUUGAAUCCAGAGUUCCAAGUGAAACUGCAAGGACAUUAAAGAUGGAUGUUUGUUAGCAUAUAAAUUGUUUUGUAUGGAAAGCUUACGUUUCAGAAACACGCCUUUUAUAACUGCACUUGGAAAACCUGAACUUUUAAAACCAGUUUGAAAAUUGUAAUGUACCAAAUGCUGGAAAUGGCCCUUUUUAAUCCAGUGCAAGUGGUUUGUUCUUUUAAUAUGGCAGUUCUUACUGUUGUUUAAGGUGUUUUCUAUUGACACUGUGUAAUUGUUUGAAGGUACACAGUGAUCUGUCUUUCCCACAAAGCCAAAUGCCUGAGAUUCAGAAUAUUACAAAUUUGCAUAGUUGAGUGUGUGUUGCACCCCAGAUGCAUGGUUAUUUUUCUGAUUUUCUUAAGUUCCAUUUAAAGUG